AUGCCCCAUUAUACGUUCCCUCUUCCUUCAGAACGAAAUAUUCACGCGGUAGUCAGAGGCAUACCCGCAAUGUUUUCGGAACAGGAGAUCAAAGGGGAAUUAGAACAGAGGGGAUAUACUCCUCUCCACAUUAUACGACUCAAACGCAGUGGCGGCGCACCCAUGCCUUUGGUGGUCGUGAUACUGCCCAAGAUUGAAAAGUCCCAGCAGCUGUUCAAAGAACACGAGCUGCUAAGUCUAGCAAUCAGAGUUGAAGUUCAAAAGAACUCUAGACUUAUUGGGCAGUGUCACCGCUGCCAAAAAAUUGGAGCCACUCUAGCGGAGUACAGUCACAUUUUGAGUUUUAGGAGGCAAGUUUACAUAGCACCUUCAGAGAAUACGGAUAUCCCAGAAUCCAUAGAGAUAACGCACAACGAUCUGACCUAUCGUAUAUUUCUUACUUUAGACAGUCAAAAGUGCUACAAAUGUAAACUUAUUGGACAUAUUGCUUCACAGUGUCCAUCGAUUAAGAUUUCGCAGACUUCCACAGAAUCAGAGACCCUCAACGAUGAACUGUCAAACCCAUCCGAAAAUCAAGUAGUAUCAGAUAUAACUACAGAAGAUUCCACCACAGCCCACAUACAUCUGCCCAAAGAAAAUACCAAAGCAAUUACGAACAAAAACAGCCACCAACAUCCUCAAAACACUAACACAAACAUCAUUAGCCUACACGGCGAAGGAACACCGAAUAAUGACGAAUUAAUAACUCCAAGCGUAUCCUCCAAAAGGAGCUUCUCAGAAAUACUAACACCAACGGAAGACACAGGUGCACCUCAAAGCUAUCAAGUAACAUUCACCAAACCGACUGCAGAUAACAUCAAGAAACACAAACCUGAUCAGGAAUUAACAAUACCCAUAAAAAGCAGCCUUGAACCUAUCAAAAAUUUGAUAGAGACUCAGCAGACGGUACUGAACAUCGAUCAGCUCACCAGUCUGUUGGAAAAUGUACAUGGAGCUAAGGAUGCCAUUACUGUAGUAAACAACUAUACCUCAGAUUUCAGAGCUCUUAUAGAAAUGCUUCUCCUAAUUUACCCCCAUUUGACAAACCGCACAAUAAAGAACAGAUGCACAAGAUUAAGGAAAAAAUUGGAACACCACAUCGAUCAAACGGUAGGAUCACUAAGCGACACGUCAUCCAUAGAUUCGACGUUUUAA